AUGGCUUGGACUUUUUACUACUACGUGCCGUCCAGUCCAGCUGCCGGAAUCUUCGUUGGCCUUCUGGGGUUAAGCACCGUCUUACAUUUCUACCAACUUGUUCGAACACGAACCUGGUUUAUGAUUCCCUUCGUUAUCGGAGGAGCCCUUGAAACAAUCGGAUAUGUUGGCCGUUUGCUCUCCUCCAUCGAGGCACCAGACUACACAAAAGGCCCCUACAUCAUGCAAAGCGCCCUCAUAUUGAUAGCACCGGCCUUCCUCGCGGCGAGUAUUUAUAUGACACUUGGACGAAUUAUCUUCAUGCUCGAUGGGGAGAAGUGCUCUCUGAUCAGACUGAAAUGGUUGACAAAGAUCUUCGUAGCGGGAGAUGUACUGUCAUUCCUCAUGCAAGCCUCCGGGGCUGGAAUCAUGGUCCAGAAUACAACAAAUCCGUCAACUGGCGAGCACAUUAUCAUCGGCGGUCUUUUUGUCCAGAUCAUUUUCUUCGGGUUUUUCAUGAUCAGCGCUGUGGUAUUCCAGUCACGUAUUAUGAAGAGUCCCACUGGACGUUCCAAUGAGCUAGAAGGGCUCUGGCGGCGGCAUCUGACUGUGCUUUACAUCACCAGUAUUUUGAUAUUGGUACGAUCGAUUGUGCGAGUUGUGGAAUAUAUCCAAGGAUAUGACGGAUUCUUGAUGAAAGAGGAGGUAUUUAUUUACGUUUUCGAUGGGCUAUUGAUGCUCGUGGCGAUGUUGGUUCUUCAGUAUAUACACCCUAGUGAGAUCAAUUGUCUCAUCGGCCGAGGAGAUCGGUACUCGGAGAAGAUCUUCAUGACACGGAAGUUCGAGCCCCGAUCAGCACUGGAGAUGCGUGGAGCUGUGGAAGCAUAG